UCGUGACAUCACUUUUGAUCAUCAUUGCGUGGGACAACGCGAGUUAAAGAAAGAGUUUUGAGAAACUUGAAGAACAUGAGCACUCACCCAAAGUGACCUAGUAUCAGUUCAGAUCAAACUUCUUAAGUUAAGAGAGGCUGAAGUUCACAAAAGACGAUGAUCGCCUCCCAUUUACUGGCGUACUACUUCACCGAGCUACAACAUGACCACAUUCAGAAAGUGGACAAGUACCUGUACCACAUGCGGUUGUCUGAAGAGAACCUGAUGGACUUUUCCAGACGCUUCAGGAAAGAAAUGGACAAAGGUCUUGGCAGAGACACUAACCCAACUGCUGCCGUCAAGAUGCUGCCCACUUUUGUCCGCUCCACACCUGAUGGAACAGAAACGGGUGACUUCCUGGCCCUUGACCUGGGUGGAACCAACUUCCGGGUUCUGCUUGUGAAGGUGUCAAGUAAUGGAAAGCAAAAGGUGGAGAUGGAGAACCAGAUAUAUGCCAUUCCAGAGAACAUCAUGAGGGGCAGUGGAACAGAGCUUUUCGACCACAUCGCUGAAUGCUUGGCCAAUUUCCUCGAAAAAAUGGGCAUCAAAGACAAGAAGCUUCCUCUUGGCUUUACCUUUUCAUUUCCCUGCCAGCAGACCAAACUGGAUGAGAGUUAUCUGGUGUCGUGGACCAAAGGCUUCAAGGCAAGCGGAGUGGAAGGAAGAGAUGUCGUAGGUCUUCUGCGAAAAGCCAUUAACAAGAGAGGGGACUUUGACAUUGACAUUGUUGCUGUGGUUAAUGACACUGUUGGCACCAUGAUGACGUGUGGCUAUGACGACCAUCAUUGCGAGAUUGGCCUCAUUGUCGGUACGGGCACCAACGCUUGCUACAUGGAGGAAAUGCGACACAUGGAGAUGGUGGAUGGAGACGAGGGUCGUAUGUGCGUGAACAUGGAGUGGGGGGCGUUCGGAGACGACGGGGCGCUUAAUGAUAUCCGAACCGAUUUCGACCGGGAGAUUGAUGCAGGCUCCCUCAACCCAGGCAAACAGCUAUUUGAGAAGAUGAUCAGUGGAUUGUACAUGGGAGAGCUGGUUAGACUCAUCCUGUUGAAGAUGGCCAAAGACGGACUGUUGUUCCAGGGUCACACAACGCCAGACCUGCUCACCACAGGACAUUUCCAGACCUCGUUCAUCUCUGCCAUUGAACAUGAGAAGAAUAAUGAGGGCCUGGUGAGCACCGACCAGGUGCUGAGAAGUCUGGGUUUGGACCCGACGCCUGAAGAUUGCGUCGCCACGCAGCGAGUGUGUCAGAUCGUGUCCACGCGUGCCGCUCACCUUUGUGCCGCUACGCUGACGGCUGUGUUGAGACAGAUCCGAGACAAUAAAGCUGCUGAGAGGCUGCGCACCACCAUCGGAGUGGACGGAUCCGUCUACAAAAACCAUCCACUGUUUGCUCGGCGUAUGCAUAAGAUGGUGAGGAUGUUGGUACCUGACUGUGACGUGCGUUUCAUGCGCUCCGAGGAUGGCAGCGGCAAGGGCGCUGCCAUGGUAACCGCUGUGGCGUAUCGGUUGGCGAAGCAGCACGCGGAGCGCCAGCGUAUUCUGGACACCCUGCGGCUCAGCCGGAAUCAGCUCCUGGAAGUAAAAAGAAAAAUGGAGAAAGAGAUGGACCUCGGUCUGGCAAAAGAAACGCACGCCACGGCCACUGUCAAAAUGCUGCCAACUUUCGUUCGCUCCACACCGGAUGGGACAGAGCACGGAGACUUCUUGGCACUGGAUCUUGGCGGCACAAACUUCAGGGUGCUCUUGGUGCGCGUUCGAAGAGGGAAGAGACGAACCGUCGAGAUGCAUAAUAAAAUCUACACCAUCCCUCAGGACAUCACGCAGGGCACCGGGGAAGAGUUAUUUGAUCAUAUCGUGCACUGUAUAGCUGACUUCAUGGAGUACAUGGGUAUGAAGGGAGCGUCCCUGCCUCUCGGCUUCACCUUUUCUUUCCCCUGUCAUCAGACUCGACUUGACCAGGGUAUUCUGAUAAAGUGGACGAAGGGAUUUAAGGCCUCAGGCUGUGAGGGAGAGGACGUGGCCACACUGCUUAAAGAUGCCAUCCAUCGCAGUGAGGAGUUUGAUCUGGAUGUGGUUGCAGUGGUGAAUGACACUGUGGGCACUAUGAUGACGUGUGGCUAUGAAGACCCGCAGUGUGAAGUUGGGCUCAUUGUGGGGACAGGCACCAAUGCAUGCUACAUGGAGGAGAUGUCUAACGUUGAGCUAGUGGACGGAGACGAGGGCCGAAUGUGUGUGAAUAUGGAGUGGGGAGCGUUUGGAGACUGUGGGGAGCUGGAUGAUUUCUCCACAGAGUUCGAUCAAGCUGUGGAUGAGCAGUCCGCUAACCCAGGCAAACAGCGGUAUGAAAAGAUGAUCAGUGGCAUGUAUCUGGGAGAGGUGGUUCGGAACGUUCUCCUGGACUUCACAUCUAAAGGUCUGCUGUUCCGCGGAAAACUCUCAGAGAGGCUCAAGACCCGCGGUAUCUUCGAGACCAAGUUUCUGUCACAGAUCGAAAGUGACCGUUUGGCUCUGCGACAGGUUCGCUCCAUCCUGCAGCACCUGGGCUUGAUCACCAGCACGUGUGACGACAGUAUUUUGGUGAAGGAGGUGUGCAGUGUGGUGUCCAAACGUGCCGCCCAGUUGUGCGGAGCCGGUCUGGCCGGCGUGGUGGACAAGAUACGCCUGAACCGUAACCUCGAUCAGCUGAAAAUCACAGUGGGAGUGGACGGCACGCUCUACAAACUCCACCCGCACUUUUCCAGCAUCAUGCGAGAGACUUUGAGAGACCUGGCGCCCAACUGUGAAGUUACUCUCGUCCAAUCGGAGGACGGCAGUGGCAAAGGUGCCGCUCUCAUCACAGCGGUGGCUUGCCGAUUGAGAGAUGCUGCAAAGUAGUGAUGAAAAAUGUGACGAAAAGAUCAAACAUAACAGAAUAUUGUCACAAAACUGUUCUUCCAGACAACACUCCUGUUUAUAGAAGAAUGUAUUUUAUUUAUUUGUUUUUGUCUGUCAAGUUUCGGAUCCGUAAUCACAAGGAUUUAAAGGGAUAUUUCACCCAAAAAAAGGAAUUCUGUCAUAUUCACCUUCAUGCUGUUCCAAACACAUAUGACAAAGUUUUUCUGUCAAAAACCAAAUUAAAUGUUAAAAGAAAUGUUUGUGACUGACCAUCUCUGAGUUCUUGUUCAAUUUUAAUUGUAUUUAAAAAGGAAUGUCAACAGUCCUCAUAAUUUCUCCACAUACUGUAGACUGAAUUGGUGUUUGGAUUAAUAUGGGUUUUGAAGAAAUGACACAAUUUCCCUUUGUGGGUAAAAUGAUUUUGCUGGUGGGGGGUAUGGAGAGUGAAGAAUCUGUCUGAAAAAAGCAUAAAAGAUUUUAUUGACAUGAGAACCGUGAAUGGUACAAUUAACUCUUGUGUCCUAAACUCAUUGUUCCCAGGGUAUAAUUAACUUUAAUCUUAAAAAUAGUAUGAAGCCUGAUUUAUAGUACACUGUCUCUACUGUUAAAUCUAAUUGUAUCUAGUCUAGUGUCUGAUGCUGAACAGGUUAUACAGCGUCCUGAUCUAAAAAAAGCCUUGGUAGCAAAAAUAACCUGAUGUGUUGCGUUUCGGUUAUUCCUGUCACAGAAUUUUGUACCGAAUAAUGUAUACAAAAAAAAUGUAUACAAUCCAAAACCAUGAAAUAAAUCUGUAUAGUAACGAAGUCACGUAGUUGCUUUGUGUUUGGGUAGACAUUAUUUUUCAAUUGCAUCGGCCCCUUUUAUGUUUAAAAUGACAGCUGAAAUUACCACUGUUAGAUGCUGUACAUCUCUUGGAUUCGCAUUUUUUGACGCAGCACUUGUAGGAUAUUUCUUAUUGAUGCAUACUCAGACCUUAUCAACAUAGAGAUUUCAUGUUUAGAAGUUGGUGUGCCAUUUUUUGUAAGAGAGUAUCGAGUCCCUGUCCUUACACAAUGUCGGCAACUCAGUCAAAAUCAUGCAGAAAAAUAGCAUUCUCUUUCUCACUAAUCUGAAUUAAAUUGUCUGUCGGAUUGAUUUAAUUUAUGAAUUGUUUUGUACAUGUCUGUACAGUGCACAAAACAAUAGCGUUUGUCCUUGCAGGUUACCUCCAACGUAAUGCAAAACCCCUUUUGAGAGAGUCUUCCAUUGAAAUGUCAGGGCAUCUAUUUUUGUAUGUCAUUAUUGGUUCUCCUCACAAAACGUAGAGAUAUUCUUCCGGUUGAGAUUUUUCUAGCGGAGCACUGCAGGAGCUAGAGAAGAGACAAACGAUUUUCUUUUGUUUGCCAGUUAUUUGCUGAUAGUUUGUAUGCGAAUUGGUUUAAACGUAUGAAUGAAAGAAUUGCUAUUCAGUAUUCCCAUCAGCUCUGUGCCUGUGAGCACCUACUUAUUGAAGCACUCUAUGGACCGUUCAACUCAUGAAUUUUCACGCUCAAAUCAGAUUGCCUACACGACAGCUUUAAAAAUGUUUAUGCGGUUAAGGGGCACAUGUUCAUGAUCUUCAUAUCUUCAUUCAAAGUGCCAGAACAGUGUUGAACCCAUCACGGAUAUGUGAUUAUCAGUGUGCACUUGACAGAAUAGUUUGUAAAACAAAAUAUUCAUCAUUAAUUCACCCUCAUGUCUAACUCUUAUGACUUUGUUCCAUUGGAAUGGAGAGUAUUCACUGCUUUUAACCCUUAAGCGCUAUAAUCCUAUGAUUAAAAAUUAAGGGUUCAAAAUUACAAAAAAUGAAUACAUUUAAAGAAAAUUAAAUGUUUUUAAAUGUGUACCAAUUAUUCUUAUGCUAUUUUCUCCAUUUUAGUCCAUUUUUAUUAAAUUUGACCAUUUCUUUUUUCUGUUUCUGCUGUUUACAGCACUGCAGGCAAACUGAACAAAAGAUACAGCUAUUACUGGUUUUAUGUGUUAGUGCACUGUCAAUUUCAAAGAGUGGUUUGUAUGUGUACUGAACGAGAGUAUGUGUGUAUACAGUUUGAAAGAAAGACAUCAUAUAUAAUGCAAGUCACAAAUCCAACUCAUCCUAUUCAAGUCACUGUAGCCUACUAGGAUUUGAAAAUAUUUUGAUUUCAAACAUGUUUUUUAAUCCCUUGUUUGCAAUAUUAUUCAGUUUUAAUAUGUUUGAAAGGUGAAGGGCAAGCUUGAUAUUGAUGUAUAAAUUUAGAAGCAACACAUUAUAGUUUUCACCAUUAAGGCAUAAUAUAUGUGGGAUUAUGUAAACAAACUAGGUUAAAACUCUGAAAAAAAUAAAUGUUUGAUAAUGACU